GUAUCAGCAAUAUAAACCAUUUGAUCGAAUUUAUUCCAUGCUACUCCUAGCGGAUGCUGUAGUUUCGCCGAGUAUUUUUUGCCGUCUUGAUCGCCGAAACAGUGCAAAUUCUAAAAUGAUAUGAUGGUUAUGCAUUCGACUGUCAAUGAUCUGCAAUAGAAAAUUAUUCAUCUUACCGAUGGAUCAUUGUCAGCUCCACAAACAGCAAAAACUUUUCCAUCAUCAAGGCAAACUCUUCUCACUGUACUACUUUCACUAUCAGCAAAGAAAACUGAUUUUAAUUCCUGAGAUACUGCAAGUCCUGAAGGUUGUGCUAAGCUGGCAGCAUGUGGAUAAGUAUUAUUCCUGUUGGCUUCUUUUCCAUUUCCAACUAUGUUACAACACGUUCCUGCUUUGCAUUGCCUAAAUUAUUAAGUAAAUAGAUAUAUAUUUUCAUAGCUAUAUUUAAAAUACAAUAUUUUGCUUAUUACACAAAUGUACAGUUCUUACUUAUUUUUCCACCAUAUAGUAUCUUCCAAAAAUAGAGCCCAAAUCUGAUGUGAACCAGCAAUGGCUAUUAAAAGAACUGGCACAGUUUCUCCCUUUUGCUCGUGUUGGUAAAUAGCAACAUCCCAUGGGGAUGAUAAUUCUUGUUCUUUUCCUAUCUUGCCUCCAGUGUAAUCACGUCCUUGGGAUCCAGUCCCAGCAAUGCUGAUUACCGUUUUUGUUUUUAAAUUUAUCUAAUAAUUAAAUGAAAUAUGGUAUAUAAUAUGACUUAUUGGAUAGAACUUAACAUCAUUUAUGAUUUGAUUCACUUACUUUUCUAAUAGCAUGAUUUUCAUUGUCUGCAACAAAGACAUCAUCCUUAAGUACACAAACACCCUGUGGUGCAUUGAAUCGGGCUGUUUCAAAAUCUCCAUCUUUGAAACCAGGAGAAUAUCCACCAACAACGUGUUCAACUUUGCCAUCCUUUCCCAUAAUUAAAAUUCUGUUGUUGCCUGUAUCAGAGACAACCAACUUUUCACCAGCAUCUGUUUUAAAUGAAUGAAUUUUUCCAGGAAACAGUAAACUGCCUUUAUUCAUGGGUAAAAUAUGCUGAGCAAGUUUUAGUGGAAUGCUAUCAUUCGAAAUUUGCUUCAAAGACUUAAAAUAUUUCAAGGCAAUUUUUGUGUAUAAAAAGAGAUCUUCCCUAUGUCCUUCUCCUAGCAAGACGAAAAGAGGGUAUUAACAUACCCAAGACAACCAAGCUUGGCCAGCAAACAAUACCAAUGUCCCGCCACAUAGAGAGCUUAGCAUCAUUCACAACAGGAUGUCCUAUGUUAUACCUUUGAACUGCGGAUAAAAUUUUGCUGGAAUCUCGUUCAUUGGCAAAUUUGGCACUAUGUACACCGACCUAAACAUUAUCAUCUAUUAAUACCAUCAUGAUCAUAAAUAGCUUCUAGAUCUGGUAGGAUAUGCAUGCAAUUAAUGCAGCAGUAUGUGAAGAAAUCUAGAACUACAAUUUUACCAGCAAGGUGUUUGUACAUUGACAAGCUUUCCGAGACAUUGAACCACUCUAAACCUAUGGAUACAAACGAUAGAUUGUUGACUUUGAAUACAGGAAACUUUCCAUGAGAAUAACAAAAACUAAGAUUAGAAAAGCUUAUUUAUUGAAUACUAAACAAUAUUUUUGAGAGUUGAAGUAAGAAAAAUUUCCACAUUUAUUUUCUUCCAAUAAGCUGCAAAAAUGGAACUGAUGAGCAAUGGAAACAGAUCUGAUUAUAAUGCUGAUGACAAUGUACCAUUAGACAUGAGUCAAAGGAUAAUUUCUAUGGAACAGGAUAAUUAUCCUUCACAAACAGAAACCAAUGUUGUAAAUGAAUCUCAGAAUAAUAGUGCAGAGGGAGUUGAUUUUGUUUUGGCUUAUGUCGAUAAUGGCAAUUCUGUGCAAGCCCAGAAAAGAGAAGCAUUUGAGAGAAGUUUAUUGGACCAAGGACUGCAUUUAGAAUACGAGCAAAAUCGUCAGCUAUGUUUUGUUAAAAUUUAUGCUUCUGAAGAAGUCUUAUGCAGAUUCUGUGAAAUUAUGAAACUUAGAAUGCCAAUAAAACCACUGCCUGAUGAGAAUAUUGUAGAGGAAACAGACUUGUUCGACGAUGCAAAGUCAUGGUUUAUCAAAUUAUUUAGUUUCGCACAAUUGGAUCCUACAAAGUUCCCACCAACAGAGUAUAAGUUGGCAGCUGAAUAUUCUAGAGAUAAAGAUUAUUUAUUCGAUACCAAGGACAAGAAUUUUUUUCCCACCCAUAUUCGCGUGAUGGUUGUUGAUUUUAUUUUGGAAAGACAAUGUGAAGGCAUACAACGUUUACUGGCUGCAGGUGUAUAUUCUGCUGCAUAUCCAUUGCAUGAUGGUACCAUUAAACAAAAAGGAAGUACAAGAGCUUUACUGUACGAAGAAUGGGGUGACACAAAGAAAUGGGUUAAACUACAACCAUUAGACACAAUAAGAGAGUAUUUUGGAAUCAAUUUUGCCAUGUACUUUGCAUGGCUUGGAUUUUAUACUUACAUGCUUAUUCCAGCAAGUAUAGCUGGUCUUUUAUGUUUUUUCUAUGGACUGAUAGGUAUGAAUUCAAAUCAAUUGGCUGAAGAUGCAUGUGGCACUUGGGCUAAAGAAACUAUUAUGUGUCCGCAAUGCGACAAAACCUGUGAUUUUUGGAGAUUAAGUGAAACUUGUUUAUUAACACGUGUAACGUAUUUAUUUGACAAUCCUGCCAUGGUUUAUUUUGCUGCUUUCAUGUCGGUUUGGGCAGUUUUUUAUCUUGAGCUGUGGAAGAGAAGAGCAGCAGAAUUAAGUUAUCGCUGGGGAGUAGUUGGUUGGGAUAGAACUGCUGACCAUUCGCGACCACAGUAUUUACAUGCCCUUGCCAAUGCAAAACUCUUCAAAGUCAAACAGAAGCUGAAUCCUGUAACAAGAGAGAAAGAGCCACACGUAAGCUUCUGGAAGGUGCGCGUACCAGCGACGUUCUUCAGCUUCUCGGUUGUCUUGCUUUUAACAGCUUUAGCACUUGCGGCUGUUUUCGCGGUGGUUUUAUAUCGAAUGGCAAGCAUUACUUCAACAUCACUUUUUGGUAGAGAAGUGGAUUCUGCUAGUUACAAGACUUUCGCUAUACCAGCUAUUGCAGCAGGGAUUAAUUUGGUGUGUAUUUUAGUAUUGAAUUACAUUUAUGAUUGGCUUGCCGUUUAUUUGACGGAAAUGGAGUUAUUAAGAACGCAGGCAGAAUUUGAUGAUAGUUUGACUCUCAAAGUUUACUUAUUCCAAUUUAUCAACUACUAUGCUUCGAUAUUUUAUGUUGCCUUUUUGAAAGGAAAAUUUGUUGGGUAUCCUAAAAAAUACAAUAAAAUACUUGGGUUUAGACAAGAAGAGUGUGCACCAGGCGGAUGUUUAAUGGAAUUGUCCAUACAGCUAGUCAUUAUUAUGGUCGGAAAGCAGGCAGUGUACACGGUAAUGGAAAUGUUUUUGCCGAUUUUAUAUAAAUACUGGGCACUAUUUCGUAUCCACACAGGUCUUAAGCAAAAAGACCCUAUAGUUCCUCGUAGUCAAUGGAUACGAGACUUAAAACUUUUGGAUUGGAGUGCUAGAGGAUUGUAUGAUGAGUAUUUAGAAAUGGUGAUACAGUUUGGAUUUAUAACGUUGUUUGUUGUGGCCUUCCCGUUAGCACCAUUUUUUGCCUUGGCGAAUAAUAUAUUCGAAAUGCGUUUGGAUGCUACAAAAUUUUUAAGACAUUAUCGUAGGCCAGUACCACGACGGGCUCGUGACAUUGGAAUUUGGGGACGAAUUCUAGACGCGUUGGCUCGUAUUUCCGUCACAACGAACGGGUUCAUCAUCGCAUUUUCCUCAACAUAUAUACCUCGCUUAGUGUACAUGACCGUAGUUAGUCCUGAUAGAACAGAUAUUGGUUUUUUAAAUCAUAGUCUUGCGCUUUUUGAUACAAAAGAUUUUGCUAAUGGUACAGCACCUUUAUUUAGUUCCUUUGAAAAUGUAACUACAUGCCGCUACGCGGAGUAUAGGAAUCCUCCUGAUCAUUUUGAAUUGCCUUACAAAAGACCAUCGAUAUACUGGCAUAUUCUCGCUGCUAGAUUAGCUUUCGUCGUAGUUUUUCAGAAUGCUGUAGGAUUGUUUACAAUGGCUGUGCAGUGGUGUCUGUCGGAUAAACCGCGAAAGCUAAGGGACCAAAUUAAAAGAGAAACUUUCCUAACAGAAGAACUGAUAAUCAAGAGUGAAGCUGAAAGGGCUAAAAGUAAAUUAACUGAUGAUCAGCUCUUAAGUACUGGAAGUCUUAGAAAAAGAAACACUCACUCUUCGGAAUUUUCUGAGGAUUUAUAGUAUUUCAUAAUACAGAAGUGCCUUUCAGAUAAAUUAUGAAAGUUUUGACUGCCUCAACUCUUCAUAUUGGUUUAAGAUAAUCUCAUUUACUGUUUAACAGUAUCUAAAUGUUAUGCAGACUUUAUUUCUGCUUUUUGGAACUUUGACAUUAUAGAUCAAUCAAUAGUAUUUAUUAUUGUUAAAGAGCAGUUUUACAACUCUUUAAAUGUUUUUAAAUUUCUCGUACCUGAUUAAAUUGGAAAUUGUAGUUUAUUUACAAUAUUGAUCUGAAAUUUUUAUUAUAGUUAUUUGAACAAAUAUCAUACUUAGUCAUUCGAGAUUUAUACAUAUUUUCUAUUUAUUACUGUCAUUGAUCAUUAAAUGAAUAAAUUUUUAAUUCAUUUUAUGUAUUAAUACAAUAUUUAAUGAUAUACAAAAUAAAUUUGUAAU